AUGUCGCAGUACAUCCCCCAGAUCUCCUCCCAGUCCCUUCGUGAGAAGGUUGUUCUCAUCACCGGCGGUGCCAACGGCAUUGGGGCCAGCCUGGUCCAGCAAUGUCUUGAGAGCGGCGCCAAUGUCUGCGUUGGCGACCUCGACAAUAUCGCCGGUGAGCGCCUACAGCGCAAGUACCAGGAACAGUUCCAGCCAGAGGAGGGCCAGCCUCCACGCGUGGUCUUCCAGACGACUGAUGUCACCAACUACCAAUCGGUGCUGGCCCUCUUUGACUUCGCCUUCAACAAAUUUAAGCGCAUCGAUCAUGUCGUCUCUGCGGCAGGUAUCGUAGAGAUCGGCAACUGGUUUGAUUUCGGACUGACGCUGGAGACAGUUCGCGAGACUCCCACCCACAAAGUCCUGGAUGUCAAUCUCCUCGGAUCGAUGUACGUCUCGCGCAUCGCCUCCGUCUACCUGCGCCACAACCGCGGCCCCAACGUCGAUCGCUCCAUUUUGCUCUUCUCGUGUGUCUCGGGAUUCAAGGACAGUCCCUCCCUCUUUGUCUACCAAUCCUCCAAGCACGGAGUAAUCGGUCUCAUGCGCUCCCUGCGCGGCUACGUUUCGUCUCCUUAUAAGCACUAUCUUCGCAUCAACACGAUCUGCCCCUGGAUGACUGAGACCGAGGCGAUCCGCAAGAUCGAAGAUCAGUGGAAGCUGGCAGACCUGCCUACCAACACUCCUCGCGAGGUGUCCACCGUGGCCACCAGCAUGCUGGCCGAUUCGUCCCUCAACGGUACUUCUAUGGUUGUCGAGGGCGGCCGUUCAUGGGAGAUUGAGGACAACAUCGACCGACUCGAAGCCCAAUGGCUUGGUGAGCAGUCGUCCAAGACCCUGGCCGCAGGACAGCUGUUCCUGGACGAUGGUGCUAUUUGGACCGCCCUCCCGCGCAAGAAGAGCAGCAUCUCCAAUGGCGUGCCCCCGGGUGUCCCUCUUGACAAGCUCGGCGGUAUCCAAGAUCACGUCAAUAAGAUGCAGAUAUACGGGGUGACCAAUGGAGCCUCUAACAGCAUCACCCAUGGUGUGCACUAG